CAAGUCGUAGCUUUAUUUCAGUCUUUCAACAACACUUGUCGUAGCAACACCUUUUUCGAAGACGACGACGACGACGAACAGCAGCAACAGGCCCCAACCGUGUGUGUAUGUGUGUGCGUGCGCGUGUGUGCAAACUCUAGCUCUAGGCACCGAGACCUUUACCGCCUCCGCCUUCACCCCGUUUCGACAGUGUCUGCAAUUUUUAUGUUUUAAAUCAUCUUUCGGUGUUUAACGGAUUGUAUGUGUGCACGUGGGAGCCAGAGUGAGUGCGAUCGGGAAACCAGAGCAGAAAAAGAAACCGAAACCACCACCCCCUUGCGCUGCAACCAAGCGAGAUAGUCCAAUCCGAGGUGCGGUGCAUCUUGCGAGGAGAAGGUGUUCAAUUCGGGCGAACCUGCGUGUGGUGUGCGCGAGAGCGUUUGUCGUUGUUGCGUAUUCGGUGCAGCGUGGUACCGCAGUGCCUGCAGUGCGCGUUGAAAGUUGACCCGCGCGGUGUGCAUGUCAGCAUUAGCAGAAGCAGUCCAAAUUGAUGGAGCAGCGAAUCGGUGGCAUUCAGUGGAGUUUGUGUGCGAUAGCGACAGCAGCUGAGGCGACCGAGCGUUCCGUCACGAGUGUCACGCGGUGUUGCACGGAGUUUGUGUAGUGCGCUGGCUUGCAAACCGCCAUCUCCUGCCUCCCCAUUCUACCGAGGAACGGACUAACGAAACGACUAACCAACAACAAGACCAAAGGGUGUGUGUGUGUGCGCGAUCAGGUGUUGAUUGUGUUGAAGCAGUGUGUUGCCUCGAUCAGCACGACAUUCAGUAGGGCGCAGACGGUGCGCACGGUACGGAGAAAGCUAGGUCCUUCAGGUUGCGGCAAGUACUGAAGGUGGCAGUAGCUGACGAUCCAGAUUUUCGGUAGCAUCUUUUUUUUGAGUGAUCGUUUCGGAACUGAAAUUGGACUUGACUUGUGAGAAGAAAUUGAACAGAAAAUAUAAAAAAAAUCGUUUCAUGCAGUUGCAUGUGCUGAAAGUCUUCGACCCAUUACGGACACGAUAGUUCUCCCCCCUUGCACGGACAAGUUGCUCGCGUAAAGAAAAGUUCACUUCAAAAGUUUCUCGCCAGGCCCCCAUCUCCAUUCUGCUGUGCCAGUUGCGAAACAUUACGCUAAUCGCCCUUGCCCUUGCCGUCGUCCCCAGCAGCAGCAGCAGCAGUAGCAACGACUCCAGCAGUCUGGAUACCUCGUACCAAUAGAGACAGGCAUUGCUAGAAACUGUUAGUGAGCGUGCGGGUGUGCGUGUGUGUGUGUGGUACGGCAAUUGUGAAAGUACUUGAAUUCCGGUGUGGAAACAUUCGCAGCGGUGAAAGAGUGCCCGCAGCAAAGUCUAACGCGCGUCGACCGAAACCCCAGCACACUGGCGAGCAGAGUCGUCGAGCCUCCGCAAACACGAAGCUUCGGUGUAGCGCGUCACACUGCCAAGUGAAAGGGAACAACCGCUGCAGACAGUGCGGAGGUACGUGGUGGUAGUACCAGCAGACUGCGAAAAGAGAAAACCACGCUACAAAGCACUGCGAGUGUGUGUGUUUUAGUGAGCAACAGCGAGCUUCGGUGUGCAUAUUCGUCCCCCUCUAGGACUUUAUGUGUAUGCAAAUGUGCGUGAAGCAGUGGAGUUAGAUAAAUUAUUGUGUUCUCAGCAAGGCUCGAUCGAUCCUUGUCGUUCGGGGCUCCCCACAAAAUAAAAAAAACCUCAUUCGGAACUAUACUCCCAAAACAGAAGAAUCUGCUGGAUUCGGAAUUCUUGUGUUGUCGGGACCACAAAAUCCGGACAGACUGAGAGUGAUAAUAAAAGCUGUAAAGCAGGCUGUGUAACCAAACAAUUGUACAAUCAGUUUUUUGUCGUUGUAAAUUUACUGUAAAUAACGAGUGAGUCACCGUCGAACGGAAUCAGCUCCCCUCGAAAAGACUGGAUUAGUAGCAGCGAAGCAGCGAACCGGUGACCGCACCAAGUGUGUGCACCAGAUCGAUCGAUAUCGUCAAACGCCAACUCUCUAGAGCUCUAGAGCGAAACAAAGCAGGGGAAAAGAACAAGCAACAAUAUAGUGCCUUCAUCCGAAUCUGUUGGACAACAAAAACAACAAAAAAACUUACGAAAGCAACUUACGGUGACAAAACUCGCCCUCUCCUACAUACCGUACAAGAGGAAGCCAUAUUAGCCAUAUUAGUGGAGAAGAAAGCAAUCGCACCGGUCACCGAAACUAACCAGUAUGGCCGAUACAAAGACGACGACGACGACGUCCAGUGAGGCAGCGGAUCUAGUGACGCCUGUACCAGCGACGGAAACGGCAACGCAAACUGUCACCAGCGGCAGCAGCAGCAGCGACAGUGUACAGGCAAAGACGGAGACCACACUGCCAGCGAGAACGAUGAUCGAAACGGCUACGAUGACUGACGCCACCGAGCAGAAGGAAAGUGAAAGUGCCGCACCGAUCGAACCGAUCGUCGAGUCCAAGAUUUUGCCAGAAGCAGCCACUUCCCAGGAGCAGGCAGACGUCAGCCCGGGCAGCCCGGCCGAAGAAGCGAAGGAGAUCGAGCUGGUCGAGGACGAAGGUGGCGCCGCGAAGGAAGCGGUCGAGGCGGAAGAGGAACCGGACACACUGUCCCCGCUGAUGACCGACAAUCAUACGUUCCUGCAGCAUCAGGAGCUGAUGCGGGAGGAACCGCUCCCGGUGGACGAGCGGUUGCAGUCGGACGAGCCGGGAAGUAGCAGCCCGCAGCAGCACUUCCACCGCCAUCACCAUCAUCACGGGGCGGUGGAAGAGGUGCACGAUUAUGGCAUCUACGACGAUGACGAUCAGGAUGAGGAUGAGGACGACGAUGAUGAGGAUAUUGACGAUGAGGAUGAGAUGUUUAUGCGCGACCAGGACGACCAGGAACGGAACAUGAAGCACUCUGACACGAAAGAAUCGAUCAGCUCGAUCGACAGUGACGUGUCGCUGUCGUACGAUCGGCGCAGCUCGAGCGAGUUGCCACAGCAGCAUCAUCAGCACCAGCAGCAUCAGCAGCUUCGCCAGCACUCGGAAGAUGCCGGUGCUGGUUCGUCGGACGACGCGGCCAAGGAUUCGGGUUGUGAGAUUACGAAAAAGUCUGCCGGAGAAGAUGGCAAUGAGCCGGGCACGCAGGAGGACGCCGAAGAUGGUGGUGCGUUCGAGACGCCGGACGAUGAGAUGUGCGAGCGGAUUGUGGAGCAGGUGGAGUUUUACUUCUCCAACGAUAACAUCCUGAAGGAUGCGUUCCUGCUGAAGCACGUGCGCCGCAACAAGGAGGGUUUCGUGAGCCUGAAGCUGGUGUCGAGCUUCAAGCGCGUCCGGCAGCUGACGAAGGAUUGGCGCGUGGUGGGAGACGCGAUCAAGCGGAAGAGCGUGAAGAUCGAGGUGAACGACCUGGGUACGAAGAUUCGACGGUUGGAUGCGCUGCCUGAGCACGAUGAAACGACGCCGUCGCGCACGGUCGUUGCCACUGGGCUGCCGUACGACAAGUACACCGUGGAGAAGGUGUCGGAGCUGUUCUCGAAGUGUGGCGAAAUUUCGCUCAUCCGCGUGCUGCGCCCGGGCGGUCCCAUUCCGGCCGAUGUGCGUCAGUUCAUCAACAAGCAUCCGGAGCUGCAGCAGAACGAGUGUGCGCUGGUGGAGUUCACCGAGUCGGCGUCGGCCCGCCGGGCCCAGGCGAUGACGGAGUUCGUGGUGCUGGAGCUGGUCGCGCCGAAGAAGAAGACCGGCAAGAAAGCAACCAACGUGACGAAGUUCGUCGAGAGCUACAAGGUUGCGGCCGGGCAUGAGAUCGAGCGUAGCCGUGGUGGGGAAGGGUUCGAUCGGUUCCGAAUGCGCCGUGGAUCGGGCUUCUACCCCAAGGCGGACAUGAUGGUCGGUACGAUCUAUCAGCAGCAGCCCCAUCACCAUCACCAUCAUCAUCACCAGAUGAUGCCGAUGAUGUCGCAGCCGAUGCAGGCGCCACUGCAGCAGGAUCCGCACCAGCACCAACACCAGCAGCAGUCGCCUCCGAUGCCGUACAUGGUACCGCAUUCGCCCCAGCAGCGCAAGUACUCGUUCGGCAACGAGGCCUACGAAUGCUACCAGACGCAGGUCCCAGGCCAACAGCAGCAACAGCGCCGCUCCAGUGCGUACUCGCUCGGUUCGGACGCUUCGCGCAAGUUCUCCAACUGCUCCGAGGGCUACUCGAGCUGCGGCGAGAUGUCGCGCCGUACGUCGGCCUGCUCGUCCGUCCCGGCCGAAGGUAUGUCCCGGCGGACAUCUGCCUGCUCGGAAGUGCCAUCAUCUAGACGGUCGUCCAACUGUUCCGACUUUUGCUCGUGCAAUGUGCGCCGCAUCUCGCAGUGCUCCACCGAUCUGAUGUACCGCCGGAUGUCCCAGUGCUCGUCGGAGCAUGGCACGCCGGUCCAUUCGGCACCGCGCAAGUACUCGGUCGGCUCCAACUACGACCGCAAGUACGCCAACUCGCCUGAACUGAUGCAGCAGCAGCAGCCCCAUCUACUUCAACGCCGCAUCUCCAUGGACUCGACGGGUGCGUACGAUCGCAAGUUCUCGUCCGGCUCGAUCACGGGCUACCACACGGACGGCAGCCCCAACAUUUCACCGCGUAAGUACUCGACCGGCGGGUUCGACCCGCUCCGCAAGCUGUCCAGCGGCUCCGACCAGUACUACAACGGGCGCAAGAUCUCGACCGACUCGGGCUACGAUAGGCGCAUCUCGAUCGGAUCCGAGUGCUCUGGACCGCGGUCGCGUGCCGGCAGCAUCCUCUGCAGUCAUGCCGGCACCACCGUCCUGCCGACGCCCGGCAACGAAGCCGUCGUACGUACGCCGAUUGGACCGGACGGCAGCAAGGGCUUCGGGACGCGCACACGCCGCAUCGGCCAAAUUGUGCCGCCGGCUUAAGGUGUGAUUGAUCGGCCCCGUCCAGUUUUCUGCAGUAUUCUGACUCAUCCCCUCCCCUCAACCCCGUCGCCACACAGUCUUUCGCAUUGGAUCAUCGUGUCGUUGGCUCUGCCUGUUUGAGUAGAACAAGAACGCGUGUGAUCGUCACUAGUUAGGUGUUAGGUUCAGGUGUAACAUUUCGACAACUUUUGCAUCCCUCCGUGUAUCCAGAACAAAACGCUUCCCCUCCCAUAUCUGCAUGGGGCGACUCGACCCGAUCACUUUCACUUACGGCCAGCUGUGUGUACGGUGGCCUAGAUUAGCGUCGCACAGUGCGGUUGUGUGUUUUUUGCAUUCUCGCGCACACACUCGCAUCCGAUUUGUCUCUCGUUCGCUCUCAUCCCGUAGCACACAGUCCGAUGGUAGCAAGUUCAGCGCCACGACGCAAAACGUUCCCGUAGUGGUGCUAUUAUUGCGCAAGCUGCUCGAAAGCGACCAGGGAAAAGAGCCAACGGGGUCGAACGAGCGGCUGCGAGCGGCGAGCGCAAUGCGUACAAACAGUCAGACGACUCGCACGAGUGUUGUAUCGGCCGACCAACCGACCGGCCAGAAACGUGCGCAGACAAGCUGACGACCGAACCUGAUCUUUUUCGCUUGUGUUUGUACAGCGGUUGCAAGGUAAGGGAAUGGGAUUCCUCUCACGCACACCCCAUGAUGCGGAGGGUAAGAUCGCAGUGUGGCCGCACGGCGAUAGCGCCUUGGUGUUGGUGUGCCGAACAGCGUGUAACAUCACACAUACACAAUUUGCUCACUUUGCGCGAUUGCGUUUCGCCGACCCGCUCACCUGACAGUGAUUUGACAGGGACAGAGAGCGCGCGAGAGCAAGAUGGAAGGUGGUAUUAGAGAAUAGAAAGAUUUCAUUGAACUUAUUUUAAGGAUCGCGUGCCUCUGGGGCCCGGCAUGAGCCAAGAACACACGUCGCGCUCGCAGCCUAUUCAAGCUAUGCGUCAUCCGGCACCUUCACUUUUACGACCAACCCCAUCUAACGAUCUUUGGCCACCGACGCACGGAUCUUGCCAGAACACAGGGUCUUGUGAACCAGUGGCAAGCAGCUGUGUGUGUGUAUAUCCCAACGGGUUAUUUAUUUAUUUUUCGCACCAACAAAACGAUCGCCACGAAAUUCGAUCGUUUACGCGACCUUGUCGUCUCACGCCACUGUGGGAGGACGGGCGUGAAUUUUGCGUUUCGGGAAAGAUGCUUGUCGAAAGGUUUAUUUUUUUAUUUAUUCGCCGUAAUUGUUGCGAUCGCGUGUGUAAAAGUUGUCCCUAUUUUGAUGGCAAACCCUCUCUCAGAGUUUGUCUCUCGAUCACGCUUCACAUCUACUAUUACUAUGGUUAGCAAUUAUUAAGUUAUAUUUUUUCAUCUGUUUUUCUUUAUAAGAUAUACAAUAGGUUAAGAUUUUCCGUUUUAGUUCGGGCUGCGCGCUCAUCGUGCCGCUCGAAAGCGUACGAUCACAUGUGAAUUAUAGUCCGUCGGAGAUUAGAGGUUUAGGCUGAGAGUGUAGUACGCUAAGAAUAGAAUAAACCUGAGGGUCAAUCGUCCCAGGUGGCCACACAGGUACGUUAUAUAGUAGGUACGUAUGUUAGCAGCCGUUUCGCAUAGAAGAGCAAAAGCAAAGGAACGAGCGAACACACGGACGACCAGUUGAACCGAACGGACCGAACGAACGACCGAAUGUACGCGUGACGAGCGAACUGCACCGCGAAGCCCGCUCCCCGAGUACGGCGGGGGUAAAUGACUGGAUCCUCUGCGCGCGCGCUUGGCGGUUGGAUAGGUCAAGUUCUGCUCGAGUGACGCUCUCUGCACACAACGUGGCCGAAGUUUCAGGCGCUGAAGGUAGCAGAGUAACUAAAUAUUUUAUAAUCUGCUUUGUAAAGCAUCCCGCGUGUGUGGUUUCUUCGGUAGUGCAUGGACCUUGACCUACUUGAGAGAGUUUUCGGGCGGAUCGGAACAGGUUCCGAUCGGUUGGUUGCUGCAAUCGGGUAACUGCCUUUUUGGGUAUUUUUGCUCGAUCAAGCCUCAAUCACACACACACUUGUGUGCAUGUUUGUCAUUGUGAAACGAAUCAGCUUUCUCACGAUUCUUUCAAACUAUCACUUUAAUUCAAACGACAACAUGCUGCGACACUCCAUCGCAGCGAAUCGUGUGGAACGAUACACUUGCCGGGGUGAAAUGACACACACACACACAAUUGUGUGUCAAAUUAAGUGUGUAAUGAUGCCCGAACCGCAGUCCGAUCGGGAAAUAAUGGAGUAUUAACCAAAAUGAAAGCAUGACCCAUGAUGUGCCACGUGUUCGCUGUGGGUUCAGUGCGAUCGCUGAACCACCGAAGUAAAAACGGCUCCUAAAUGGAUUCGAUUUUCUCCCUUGCCGGACCAUGUGUGUGCGUUUGAUAAAUUGCACAUGCUGUUGCUGCUUGCCUCCCUUCCUCACCCUCCAGACCCUCCCUAAUGGUGCGGUAACGGGUUGAUACAAAUAUGUUUUCUUUCCGUUUACCUUCCCCCUUUCCUUUUUGGCCAAUGACUUCAAUUUUUGUGCAGUCUGCCGCUCUUUCUCUCUCUCUCCUUCUUUCUCGGAGUAGACUUAAUUUCCGGUCCACCGCCGCUGCCGUGACCGUUUCGUGCGGCACAUUAGCCCCAUCCCUUUUCCUCCCUCCCCCCUCCCUUUCGGAAGGCUUUCGAAGAUCAUGGCACGAUCUUGCCACGGACCACCAAAGACAACGGUUCGUUAGGUUUUGAUUUUCAUUGCUCUGUAUUCGAUGGUGUGGAAAAUGUACCCCCC